AUGACAACAGGACAGUAUGGUCGUCAGGUGCCGGCCACGCUCUAUGGGCAGCAGCAAGUGCAGGCACGGGUGACCGCGGGGCGGUUGGCAGUUGCACGCCCGCACGAGCCUCGACAGGUGGAUGUCACGCGCGGGUGCUUUGCACCCGUGUAUGGUCUUAGACAAUUAGUUUCAAGGACUAAAGGAUACUUGAAUCAUAGACAUUUAACAAAAUGUUUUCUUAAAAUUGUGUGUGUUCAAAGACGAAUAAACGGGUACCCUGUCCUGGGUACUGAAUGUUAUUGCUGCAUAUUUUACAACUUUUAA